CAGACCCCCCCACCCUCCUCCUCCACCCACACGCGUCACCGCCCCGUCCUGUUGGUGCUGUGCGCGGGUCCGUGGCUCCGCCCCUCUCCGGUUAAAGGCCCAGGCGGCGCGUGCUCCCGGUGCAGUGGACCCGGUCAUGUGUGUGGAGCAGCUGCAGGAGCCAGACCUGUAGGAGCCAGACCCGCAGAGCCCAGACCCGCAGAGCCCAGACCCGCAGGACCAGUCCGCCAUGAAGACCAUCCUGGCUGCGUACUCCGGUGUGCUGAAAGGUACCGGCUCCAGCAUCCUCUCUGCCCUGCAGGACCUGCCGGCUGCCCUUUGGCCAGGCAGAUCCAAGAUGGAGAAACAUCUGCAGGUCAUCUCCGUCCUGCAGUGGGUCUUCAGCUUCUUAGCCCUGGGGGCGGCCUGCACGGUGCUGCUGAUCUACAUGUUCUGCACUGACUGUUGGCUGAUCGCUGCCAUGUACACCGCCUGGCUCAUCAUUGACUGGAACACACCAAAAAGAGGUGGCCGGCGUUCGUCCUGGGUCAGAAGUUGGACGGUCUGGACCUACUUCAGGGACUACUUCCCCAUCAGACUCAUUAAAACCCACAACCUACUGCCCAGCCGGAACUACAUCUUCGGCUACCACCCCCACGGCAUCUUCUGUUUCGGUGCCUUCUGUAACUUUGGGACCGAGGCCACGGGAUUCUCCAAGAAAUUCCCCGGCAUCAAACCGUCUCUGGCCACGUUGGCCGGGAACUUCCGCCUCCCCGUCCUGCGAGACUACCUGAUGUCUGGAGGUAUCUGCCCCGUCAACAAGAACUCCAUCGACUACCUCCUAUCCCGUAACGGGACCGGAAACGCCGUCAUCAUCGUCGUGGGCGGGGCUGCAGAAUCCCUGGACUGUGCACCGGGCAUGAAUUCAGUCACGUUAAAGAACCGUAAAGGGUUCGUGAGGCUGGCCCUUCAGAAAGGGUCUGAUCUGGUUCCGGUUUAUUCCUUCGGGGAAAACGACGCCUACAAACAGGUGAUCUUUGAAGAGGGAACCUACUGGAGAGCUCUGCAGAAGAAGCUCCAGAAGCUUCUGGGCUUCGCUCCGUGCCUUUUCCAUGGAUGUGGCCUUUUCUUCGGUAACAGCUGGGGAAUCGUGCCUUAUGGAAAUCCAAUCACUACGAUAGUUGGAGAACCGAUCACGGUGCCAAAGAUCGAGGAUCCCACUGAGGAGACGGUAGAUUUAUACCACGCCAUGUACGUCAGGUCCCUCCAGUGCCUUUUCGACAAGUACAAGACCCGCUUCGGCCUGAAAGAAAGCGACGUCCUGUUCAUCCGGUGAAAGAACGAGGAGCUCGGCGGAGGCUCUGAACCUGGAGAACCACGGCAGCGUCUUCCCUCCCCUUCCAGGUCCAGGCUUCGUACCCGGCUUGGAUUAGCUACAGACUGCAAACUCUACUCGUGUUUGCUGAGGAAACCUUUGCUCUUACACACACAACAUUGUCGAGAAACUGCAAGUUCUGAGAGAUAACGAACAGGAUAAAUAUUUGUCGGACCAACAGACUGCUUACACUGGAGCUCCAGUCCAAAACUGUGCCUUCGCUGGUUCUUUAUUCCGAUGCUUUUUCAGUUGAAGUAUGUGGUUUGGACUGUGGUGUCGCUCGUGUCCACUAGAUGGGGCUGGAAGGUGUCAUGCUAGUGCCAAUGUUUCCUUUCGCUCAUGCAUUUCUGUAAUUCCCCCUAAGCUCUUUAAGAUAUUAUAUGCUAAACGCACAAACAAUGCAAAUGGAAGAUACCACUUUAUUACUGGGAUACGAAGCCCAAAGGUUAAUUGAACCAAAGACCUGUUUUUUUUGUUUGUUUUUUUUACCCUCAAUGUGCAAAUAUUUCUACUGUGUGAGAGCUACAAGUGGAGGAAUAUUCUGGGGUGAAUGCACCGUGCAUGUCUGCCUGUGAUUGUAUUAAUGCCAUAAAGUAUUAAUUGUAUUCUGUACAGAGGAAAAGGCCCAAGUGCUUGUUUCUUUGAUCUGAUGCACUUUUUGUACUGCUGAUUAACUGCUGAGGUAUUUGUUCUAAAAAAAACGCCUUUUGAUACGAGAUUUGUCUCCUCGGUUCGACGUCCCUUCCUCGGAUGGGUUCGGCUUGUCUCUGCAGUGAAACUACAUGAGUGUCUUGUAUCUUCCAAGUGUUUUGUAAAUUUUGAGCUGCAGUCGAGAAAGAAGAAGCUUUGUUGGUGAAAAUCCAAAUCUCUGAUGUACAGAUGAUGUGAGUGUGAAAAGGAUGGGAUUUCAGUGGGUAAAUGCCUUGAUAACAGGAUCAUGUUAUGUCUGAGGGUAUCACUCGUACUAAAUGUAACGUAUAGAAUGUGUUCGCGAUCUAUCCACGGAAUCAUUGAAAUGACAUGAGCUGAAGUGGGAGGAAAAUGAUGGGGGUCGACACAUGUCGCUGCUGUGACUUGUUGUUGAGAACGUUUUAAUCCCUGUGCAAUGAAUUUGGAAAAAAUAAACACAGUGAGACCUGUCGAUCUGUUCCAAUAUUUAAAUUAAACUUUUGUAUAUUUUCAGAAGAA